AAAACAUCCGCAGUGACACUUUGCUGGUCUGCCAGUGAGCAUGAGAAACACUUUAACGUUCAUUUUUAACGUUACAAAAAUCUCAAACAAGAACCGCAAAGGUUUCGCUCCGAGAGUCACCUUUUAUAGACCAUGCCCCACGACCCCGACCCUCCUCCGGCUAAAAAAUUCAAGCCGGGGUCUGUUUUUUUCCGUCUCGAUAGGAAUAAACCUGGAAUGCUGCUGCCUAGAAAGGGGAAUGCCACCACUCCGAUAGACGUGCAGAGGAAACAGCUUCCCAUCUACCAGGCGAAACCUCAGCUGCUGAGCCAGCUGAGACAGCUUCACAAUGCUAUUCUCAUAGGGGAGACUGGCUCCGGGAAGACCACUCAGAUCCCCCAGUAUCUGUACGAGGCCGGCAUCGGGCGACAGGGCAUCGUUGCCAUCACUCAGCCCCGCAGAGUCGCUGCGAUCUCACUGGCAGCAAGGGUGGCAGAGGAGAAGAAGACUCCGCUCGGCAAGCUGGUUGGUUACACGGUGCGCUUCGAGGACGUCACCUCCUCCGAGACGAAGCUGAAGUUCAUGACGGACGGCAUGCUCCUGCGCGAGGCCAUCGGCGACCCCUUGUUGCUGCGCUACACCGUGGUGGUCCUGGACGAGGCUCACGAGCGCACCGUGCACACGGAUGUGCUGUUCGGCGUGGUUAAGACUGCUCAGCGCAGGCGCAGAGAGCUUAACAAGGUUCCCCUGAAGGUCAUAGUGAUGUCAGCCACGAUGGAUGUGGAUUUGUUCUCCGAGUACUUCAACAAGUCGCCUGUGCUGUACCUGGAGGGCCGGCAGCAUCCCAUUCAGAUCUACUACACCAAGAACCCGCAGUCCGACUACCUGCAGGCUGCGCUCGUCUCCGUCUUCCAGAUCCAUCAGGAGGCCCCUCCAUCCCAUGACAUCUUAGUCUUCAUGACGGGUCAGGAGGAGAUCGAGGCCCUGGCGAGGACAUGCCGGGACAUCGCCAAGCAUCUGCCGGAAGGCUGCGGCCCCAUGCUAGUUAUCCCUCUGUACGCAUCACUGCCCCCGGCACAGCAGCUCAGGGUCUUCCAGGCGGCUCCCAAGGGAUGCAGGAAGGUCAUCCUCUCCACCAACAUCGCCGAGACGUCGGUCACAAUCUCUGGGAUCAAAUUCGUCAUCGACACGGGGAUGGUGAAGGCCAAACGCUUCAACCCUGACAGCGGGCUGGAGGUGCUGGCCGUGCAGCGGGUCUCUAAAGCCCAGGCGUGGCAGCGAACCGGCCGGGCCGGCAGGGAGGACUCCGGCUCCUGCUAUCGCCUCUACACCGAGCAGGAGUUCGACAACCUCGCCCCCAUGACUGUGCCCGAGAUCCAGAGGUGUAACCUAUCCGGUGUGAUGCUGCAGCUCAUGGCUCUGGGGAUUCCAGAUGUGAUGAAUUUCGACUUCAUGUCCAAGCCCUCGCCAGAGGCCGUCCGCUCGGCCGUGGAUCAUUUAGAGCUGCUGGGGGCCUUGGAGAGGAAGGAGGGGCAGGUUUUCCUCACCACUCUUGGAAAGAAGAUGGCAAGCUUCCCUCUGGAGCCCAGAUAUGCCAAGACCAUCCUGCUGUCCCCCGACUACUCCUGCUCCGAGGAGAUUCUGAGCAUCGUGUCCCUGCUGUCGGUGGACACCGUGCUGUACAACCCUCCCGCCCGGCGGGAGGAGGUGCUCGCCGCACGCAAGAAGUUCUCCUCCAGCGAAGGAGACCACAUGACGCUGCUCAGCAUUUACAGAGCGUUCAAGAAAGUCAGCGGCAACAAGGAGUGGUGUCGGGAGAACUUUGUCAACAGCAGGAACAUGAGUCUGGUGAAAGAGGUCCAGGCUCAACUCAAAGAUAUCUGCCUUAAGCUCAAUAUGAAGAUGGAGUCGUGUGGGGCGGACACGGAGAGCGUUCGCCGCUGCCUUGCCCACGGGAUGUUCGUCAACGCCGCCGAGCUGCAACCCGACGGCAGCUACUUGGCCCUGGACACCCACCAGCCCGUGGCCAUCCACCCGUCCUCCGUCCUGUUCCAGGCCAAGCCGGCCUACGUGGUCUUCAAUGAGCUGCUGCACACGUCCCGCUGCUACAUGAGGGACCUGUGCUUGGUGGACGCCGACUGGCUGCUGGAUGCAGCGCCGGAGUACUUUGGCCGCAAACUCCGCCCCACCAAGAGCUAACCAACGGAGAGAUGGGACUGGAGCGAACCCCCUUCCCUUCCUCAAGUCACCCCAGUGGCGAUGGAACUAAAAAAAUGUAUUCGCCUCACGAAGAUGAAUUUGGACGAGGGCGCUUAUUGAUUUAACACAAGUGCAAAUCCGAACAGAACACUUUUCUGUGUAGUUAACUUCUCUGGAUCUCACUACCUCCCAGCUCACGAGCAUUUGGCACGUUGUCACUGCAGCAGAGAUCUGCAUAUCGAGGCCUCACAACUUUGACUUCCUGUAAGACUGUAAUUCAGAUUUUAUAUGCUGUGUUUUUUCCGCUUGGCAGAAUUUGAUCUUGCCAUUUGGCCACCUGGAAAAGUAAAAGGAUGUCAUGCAUCGGUUCUUUCAACAUUUGCAUGCCUUUUAACCGCACAGAAAACCUCACUUAAGCUUUGGCUUUGGCUGAGACGAUUUAUCUGUUCAUUUUUUCAUAAAAAAAUGGACUCGGGACUCGAUAGAAUGCCACUCUCCAUAUGUUUAUCUCAUAACAUAUUUACUUAAUUGUAAAGCCACCUACCCGACACGAUUCAGAAACCUGCAGUAGACUGGCUCGUGGUUCUUCUCAGUUUAAUUUUGAGUCUUUGAAAUGUUAACUUCUCAGAAGCUCAAUAAAGCAGUCUUGUCUUAAGCCAUCCCACCAUGUAGUUUUGGGUUUAUACAAAGUGGUCUUAAAGGAUUUUAUAUAUGCAAAGACAGUAGAUCUGUUUUCUUAAUCUCUAAAAGAAAAUAUGAAAAUUGCCAGAGUUGGAACAUUUUUACAUUUGCAAAAUGUAAAAAUGUUUUUUUUUUUACAUGUCACUGUGACAUGACUUAACUUUUAUAAUUUCUCUACAUGCAGCACUCGUCUCGUCAGCUUGUGCAUGCCUUUUUUUGUUGUGUAAUGAUUGUACCACCGGUUCUCCAAAUACAUGCACAUGAGAAGUAGCAUGCCUCGUUCUCCAGGUUCUACUCUUUGCUGUUGUACGUCACUCAGCACCUACACAGGCGUACGCUGACAACACAUGUAUGCAAUGCAUGGAGACUGUGGUGAACGAUCUGAUCCCUCAGGUCUUUCAUACUUUGUAGAAUGUAAAUCACGCCAUGUUUAGGAAUAGGAUGGAUGCUCCUCUUGUCUUUUUCUUCUUCUUUUUUUUUUUUUUUUUUUUUUACACUGGACUCAGGACUGUACAAUAUUUAACUGUAACCUGAAUAAAUUGCUAUUUCUAACUGUUAAAAAUACCAAAUACAUCUGGGAUAGACGUUCAUCAGACCAUGUUACAAAGAGGUUGGAUGUUCAGUUCUGUGUUGCUUUCGGAUCAUACUGCCCUUUUAUUUUUUUUUCUCUUCUCAUUCACAAAGGAAAAGUAGACAAUCUAAGAUCUGCAUGUUAUAACGUUUGUAAGAUUAAAUGCUCGCGUUUGAUAAGUUUAUUAUGAGUAUUUAUUAUGAAGUCUUGCAUAACCACCAUUGUUGUAAUUUCUACUAAAAUCAAGUCACUGUCCAACAGAACAAGUCUACAUGAGAGAGUAAAGAUUCAGAGGCACGAGGGGGACACAAUAAUAGUCCCAUCGUCCAUAGCUGUGAGUGUCUGUUAAAGUUCCUUUAACUACUACUUGUACUAUAUCAGACCUGAAAACAUUCAAAAUGAAUGUUUUGGAUGUUAUAAGAACUCAGUA